AAUCAAAGUACAUCCUUAUUUUCUAUACAUAACCAAAUUACAUUUUAGGGUUUAAGCCUCCAGAAAUGAUAAUACUGCACUCGAAAUGGCACCAUCAAUAACAAGAAAGCCCCCCAUGAAAAUGGAAAUGACUACUGCUGGUAGAAAACAAAAGGAACGAUCUCGCUCCAGACAAAACCGUGAGCAGUUUCGCAAUCUUAUCGGGGAACUUUCUGUUAAUGUCACAGGUAGUAAACUAUCAACCAACAAAUGUUUGAUGGCUGUCAGCAAAACCUUCAAAUUGUCUAAUGUCUCCAAAUGGCUGUCUGACGAUUUUACAUUGAAAGACAGUCGACUAGCUCAGUUUGCCUCAAUCUCCAACUUGCUGGCUGUAGAAGGACAUCUUGGUUGGGCAUUUGACAGUGAGGGACACAUUCUGUAUGUGUCACCUAACUUCCAGAAACGACUGAAUAUCCAAGGAUGCAUCAUAGGCACCCACCUGAGUAAACUGAUGCCUGAACAUGAUUUUGUCCUGAGGGAUCUGUUUGUUGAUAAUUGCCAGUCAACUUGUACAACCAUCAAGAAGAAGAGCUCAAAGCUGGCAUUUCGACCAAGUCCUACUCCUGCAUACAUGUAUGGAAAAGUUCUGACGACUCACCAAGGUGACAAGGUGUAUGUUGGCUCUGUAACGUUCUAUGCUGAUAAAUCAUCUUUCCACCACCAAAACUUUCAGUAUUCAAACACUAACUUUGCUGAAAUAAUUCUUGAUCAGAAUUUUGACGUACUGAAGCGACACAAAUUGUUGGAAAAGAUGCAGAAUUUUACACCAGCAUUCAACAAUUUUCUUGACAGUAUCCUUCCUACUGAUCUACCCAAGGUGAUGGAAGCUUUUAAUAAUGCUGCCAUAAAGAAGCAGUUCAACUUAGCAUACAGGGUGAAAAAAGCAGACUCCUUGGACUCGAUCAUGGUCUUUGGACAAUUUUACAUGGGAAACACCCAGAAUGGAAAUAACGUUAUUUCAGCUUUCAUCUCACCUGCAAUUCUCGAUGAAUUGAACGAAGAUGAGCUCUAUGUGCAAAAGAAAGGUGAGCCACAAAUUGUCAUCAAACAAGAGAAAAUUGAGGUCACUGUGACCAAGAGGGACACACUCUCUCCUCAAAGUUCCACAAGCACAAACGAGUCUUCCUCAUCUGAAGGUUAUAUCGAUGAUCUAGACUUGAUCAGCAGUUAUGGAAAUCUCCUUCCUGAAAAUGAUCGAGAUAUCCUUGAUGCUCUAGAUGAAAUCUUUCCGUCAGUUCAUGACGAUAGUACGGACGAUGACUACAAAGAUAUGCCAUUCCUUGAAAUGCCCAGUUACAUCAAGUGCUUUGACAGUUGAAGAGAAAUUGAUGUCUGACAUGGAACCAAAAUGUUCAUUACAAUUUGAGCGAGUUAUGCAACAUCCAUUCAAAUAAUGGUUGUCUGUGUUUUUUACAGUGGAAGCAUUGUAGACAUCCCACCUUCGAUCGAAGAUGUGCUGCAGAAUAGGUAAUCAUCUAGCUGCAGCACAUGGGAAAAUAAAACUAUACAGAAUACGAAGUAAAUACUGUUUAAUGAUUGUAGUGACUCAGAAUUCAGAAGUAGAAACUUAGAAAUCACCAAGCUGCUUUCAUGUCCAGGACUCUUGAAGCGCUUCAUUUUAGACGUUACUAAUUUAAGAUAUUUUAUGCAGAGUGAUUAUCUGAUCAAGGAUUAUCAACUCCACUUUUUGUCACUUUAAAAACAUAGCGGUUCAUAUGCUGCUUGUUAUGUUAAAGAAGGACUAGCGGGACAUUUCCCGUGAUAUAUGGCCCUCUCUAUUUAAUUAUUUUAGUGUGAUAUUGCAAUGCGGCCCCAUUUGCCACCCUCUGGAUGGCAAUGUGUACUCAACUUGACCUAGUUCAAUAAAAACCGUUUUCUGCCAGGAUAUGUAAGGUCAGGGUCCCUGUUAUGUUUUAUUUUAUGAACAUUUAAAUUGAUAAUUGUGGUUUAUUAUUGACUUAAGACGACGACGGAUUAAUAUGCACAGUGUGUCAUGUUCAGUCGUUGUGGAUUGUGUUUGUGUACCUUUACUGGAUCGAUGUGUCUCGUGUAGUAGAAAGACGAUCGCAUAUAUAUCGAGUAAUUGCUGCUGGCAGUGAUAGUGUAUAUGUGACCUGGUUGGGAAUAAAUUGUUAAGUCUCAACCAUUUUAUAGCAGAUAUAUCUUGUUUUUGAAUUGGUUGAAAUAAUACCAAUAAUGAAGCUUAAAAUAACAUUUUCCAAUGAAAAAAAUCUGUUAAAUAAAAUGAUUGAGGCUAUUCAUAUGGGGAGGUUUCUUUCAUUUUGAAAGAGGUACUAACGUGCAAACCACGGUUUAUUACCUGAGUUCUAUAUUGUGAUGGUAAGUAAAUUUUACUUCACCGAAAUAAUUUACAUUAUAAUAAGAGCUCUGUUAUGUUUUUUAAGUUUUAUCUGAAAUUUCUGAAAUUAGUAUUCAUAAAGAUGAAAAAGUUAAGUGGUUGAGUUUUGUUCUAAGAAUUUAGAACCCAUUUAUAUAACAAAAAGAUUUUGAAAACGAUUGCUGCCGCUUUGAUUAAUAUUUUAACCAUCUAAGAUAAGUCUAGAGAGGUGAAUGUCAUAAAUUGUAACAACUGUUUUGUGUUCCUGCGAAAUAUUGGCAUCUAGCCAGGUAUAUAGUCAUGUAUUACACAAUGAAAAUAUAAUUAGAGAAUUUAAGGCUGUUAGAAUUAUUUUUGUCUCGGCCAGGCCUGGUUUGUGAAAGGUUAUGGAACAAUGUGUCCCGGUACAAUUAGUGUCAGUAUGAAAUUUGCUGGUUACAGUAUGCAUCAUACUUUUCAUUCAGAAUACCAAUGUGCGCUAUUGUCUUUUCAUAAUUCAAAAUUUUAAGGAGAGCCAGGCUUAAAACAUUUAAUAAUAAACUAAUUGAUUUUUACAUGUGCCAAAGUUUUUGUUCAAUUUGUGAGUUCUCACUCUUAAAUUAUCCUUCGAUUUCUCGAUUCGUUUACAUAAU